CGAAUGUCUAGUGUGGCUGGUGACAUCCUAAUUCAUCCUUCAAAGCCAAUGAUUGAGCUACCACUGCUGGACCUUGUCCGUGGGAUCGUCGCAAUGCGUUCAUUUCCCCUCUUUACAGGGCCUGUGAAGGCUCCGCCCACGCUUUCCGGCCGCGGUUCAACGGGACAUGACCUCCACUGCAUCCACUGAUCGUCCUACUGCCACACACUCCCCCGUCCCCUGGGCCUGCUAACAAUGCAAUUCUGCUGCCUUCCGGGGCAGGCCCGUUGCAAAUUCUUCCCCCCUCCGUCAGUAUAUCACAGCCUGAGUCCCCUAAUCCCGGUGCAUUUCAGUUUGAAAAGCCUCGAGACUUGUUCACUAGCUUCAAACACCAAAACACCAAUCCAAUCGGGCAAUACAGUACAGGCCAGUGGGCUGCACUGAUACAGGCCCAUCUACAAUCAACAAGCCUAUUGUUAUUUGAAAACACCUAAAGCAGGAGCCAUCGACUGCCAGCAUGGGUGUCGGCGGUGUCAUCCUCCGCUUCGCGAAUCUAGCGAUUCGCAUCCUCCAGUUUCUCGCUGCCGCAGUCAUCCUCGGCAUUUUCUCAUACUUCCUCGCUGUUCUCGCCCGGCAUGAUCAGACGAUCCCUCAAUGGAUGAAGGCCGUCGAAGGUCUAUCGGGUGCAGCAACCCUCUACGGAAUCCUCGGCAUUCUUCUCACCUGCUGCUUGGGCGGAGUCACUUUCUUUGCUGCCGUGGCCGUCCUCCUCGAUGUCUGCUUCAUCGGAGCCAUGAUUGCUAUCGCCAUAAUGACUCGCAAAGGCACCCAGAGCUGCUCCGGCCACGUCGACACUCCGCUAGGUUCCGGUGCUAGCAAUACCGACGACGCCAACACUCACGUGCGCCUUGGAUAUGCGUGCGUGCUGGAGAAGGCUUCAUUUGCUGUCGCUAUCAUUGGAAUCUUCCUGUUCCUGAUCUCCAUCCUCUUCCAAGUCCUUCUCGCCCGUCACCACAAGCGCGAGAAGCGCUUCGGCCCCUCCCCCGCCAACGGGUACACAUAUGGCACCGGCACGCAGCGCCGGGGCUUCUUCUGGCGUCGCAACAAGAACAACCCCGAGACUGCCAGUGCGGAUGACAUGCUCCCCAGCCAUCCGGCACCCCGCGACGUUGAGCUAGGAAGCUCUCCCACCGAGAAGACCAGCGGUACGGGUGGUCUGUUUACGCGCAACAAGCACACCGCGCCGGAGGCUGCAGCUCCUCCUGGCUACGGCUAUGGCAACUCUGCUUAUUCGGCUAAUUACUAGACACACUGCACUAUCUUCCCUGCAUCGUGUGGUCGGUUCGCUCAUACUUACAUUGGGGCGUGAGACCCGCAAAGGAGGAAUUAGCUACUUCGUGGACGAACAUGAUGAGACAACGAAACUUUGGGAUGCCAUCCGAACCACGUAGUAUGGCAUUUUUCAUGGCCAAAAAACUUCCGAGUUUGCUUCACAUUUGACUUGAGUGGACGGCUGGGAGUGACAGUAUGAAGCUCAUCCUUUCACCUUAUACCAACCUUGACACCAUCAAGCACAAUCUUGUAUAUCAAUUUCUCUUAGGAGUAUUACUCAUCUAAUUUCUUUUUAUAUAUGUCUUAUAAUACACCUUUUUUUAACCUUUGUGCGGCUUUCCAAGCAACCCACUUGUACUUUAGCCACUUUAACUCUGAUGUGUCGCGCGCACGCGUCCUCGCGUUGUCCGCUUUCUUAU